CUUCCGGCCUCUUAGUGCGCAACUCCUGUCGUGUUUAAAGCGGCGUCACAACAAUGCACCAACACUGCUUCAGUUCGACGCCUCCCACUUGGUUUCUAUCCAACACACUCGGCUUCGAUUAUUUAUUGCAAAAGGGGGAGAAAAGCUCUCUUGGUCCUAGUUGUUCACUCAGCCUGGAACCACCUUCAGAGUCGACUCGCACCGCAAGCCUCGUUUGCUGAAUUUCAUGAUAGUGCUUCUGCUCUGACGUGUAACAUUUUUCUUGGUACAAAUGUUCUUUCUGGUGUGAUGUACCGACUGCUGGUUUUCGUUGUGCUUGCAUGACGUACAAUUUGGGCAGAUAACUACGACUAACCGAGUAGACUCGGCUGCAGAGCGCAGCUCAAGGCGUGGCUCGAUGUGGGGUGGACCGUAACGUUGGACUCCGCCCACACCGGAAAAGACAGCGCCAAGUUGAAGUUAUUCGCUCCAAAUUAUGCUUACGUUUAUGCUUAUGCUUAGAAAUUAUGGAAACGACGAGCCACACAGGACCCGACACCCCUGCAGUGACUCUGAAAAUGUUCACUUUUGAAGAUGCACAGGAGUCGCUGAGUGUGUCCAUUCCUGAGGUUCUAGACGCGCAGUAUGGCAUGUACGUGUGGCCUUGUGCGGUGGUGUUGGCUCAGUACAUCUGGAGCAGAAGAGUUGAUGUAAAGGACAAGACUGUGCUGGAGCUGGGCGCAGGCGUGAGUCUUCCAGGCGUGUUGGCAUCCCGCUGCGGCGCCAAAGUCCUCUUGUCCGACGACGCCAACACGCCGGAGUGCCUGCAGAACUGCAGACGGAGCUGUGAGGCUAACGGUCUGCAUGGCGUGGUCACCUUGCCUCUCACUUGGGGGGAAGUCUCACCCCAACUGAUCAAGCUUCCACACCUCGACUUAAUCGUCGCGUCCGAUGUUUUCUAUGAGCCACGAGAUUUUGAAGACAUCCUGGUCACUGUGGCUUUUCUUCUGCGAAAGAACCCCAAGGCUCAGUUUUGGGUGACAUACCAAGAACGAAGAUUGGAGCAUCGAGGCACUGCUGCACAAGUGGAACCUGGCCUGCGUGGAUGUUGAUCUGGAAACGUUUGACGCCGACAAAUCUGAGCUGGCGGGAUCUAAUCUUCCAGGGAACCACACCAUUCAGAUGAUGAUUAUGACG